UGGCGAUCAAAAUCUUUAAAUGAGAUGACGUCUUAAUCUGACGGUUAGGAGACGCUGCUCCUUUAAUUGGUGUCAUCUCUGAAAACUGCUGUGACUACGCUGAGGAGAGCCCAGUCUCUGCUGUUUUGCAGCCACAUUUAAUGUGUUUGAGCCCUGACACUCAAAAGACAAAUAACUUUUGAAGUAAAAGUAGACGUUAUUUUAUGGCACAGCUGUGACUGUGGACCAGUGAGAACAAAUCGCACAGCAGCAGUUGUGGUGUGAGCUGGUGCAAUGGAAGCUUCUGAGAUUGAAGGGCGCACCUUCAUGCAAGCGAUCAGUGAGAAGUACAGCCCAGAAAACUUCCCUUGCCGUCGGGGUCCAGGCUUGGGGGUCGUGGUUGUGCCAUCUAGACAGCAGGGAUCACCUAUGAAAGACCGUCUGAACCUGCCCAGCAUUCUGGUUUUGAAUGGCUCUGGAAUCAGCCAUGCAGGAGAAGAGGGAGAAAUUGCUGCCUUCUGUACUCAUGUAGUUGAACUUGAUCUGUCCCACAACAAGCUCCAAGACUGGCUUGAGAUCAGCAAGAUUGUUUCUAACAUCCCUAACCUGGAGUUUCUGAACCUCAGCUCUAAUCAGCUGAGUGAUGCAGUCUUGGAGCCAGACUGCGCAAAGACCUUCUCUAGCAUCCGCCGCCUCGUUCUUAACAAUACCCAGGUGUCCUGGGAUACAGUGCACACAUUCACACGAGAGAUGCCUGAACUAGAGGAGCUGUUCCUGUGCCUUAAUGAGUACACCACUGUGACACCGGCCACCAUGCCCUGCCCCACACUGCAUCUGCUCCACAUCACAGAUAAUAGUCUCCAGGAGUGGAGCGAAGUACGAAAAUUCGGCUCCAUGUUCCCUGCACUGGACACUCUGGUCAUGGCCAACAACAACCUAAACUCCAUUCAAGACUCGGGUGAAAUCCUUCAGCGGCUCUUCCCUAACCUUCGAAGCAUCAAUUUGCAUAACGCAGGACUUAAUAGAUGGGAGGACAUUGAGAAGCUAAACUUUCUGCCCAAACUGGAAGAAGUGAGGUUGCAAGGCAUUCCUCUACUUCAGGCUUUCACGAGCAUGGAGCGUCGCAGUCUAAUGAUAGCCCACCUGCCAUCAGUGAACUCUCUCAAUGGGAGUGUCGUAACAGAUUGUGAGAGAGAAGAUGCUGAGAGAUUCUUCAUCCGUUAUCACUUGGAUCAUUCAGAGGAAGAGCUGCCUCACAGAUAUCACUGCUUGGUGACCAAAUAUGGGAAACUGGCUCCUCUGGCUGAGAUUGACCUGAGACCACGUUGCCACGCCAAAGUGGAGGUGCGCUAUGAAGACAAAGUACAGCAGGUGAGCAUCCGUUUGAACCAGACUGUCGGAGAGCUGAAGAAGCAGCUGAGGACUGUUGUGCAGCUCUCCACCAGCAACAUGCGCAUUUACUACAUCGACAAGGAUUCUGCUUUCGGCCCUGAUGAGUUGAAGUACAGCACACGGGCCUUGCACUCCUACAGCAUUCAAGAUGGGGAUGAGAUCCUGGUAGUUCCCAAAACAAAAUAAGGUUCUUUCUCCAGGAUCACAAAAAGCUAUAUUUAAAUAACCAAAUCAACUAGCACCAUCUAAGCUCCAUAGAGUGAAUGGGACUGUCUUUUCAGGGAAAAACUCCUUAGAUUUGCUGGAGCUUCAGUUGUAUUCAGUCGGCACAUAACGUAUCAUGUCACUAAGAAAAACCAUGACUUGUGUGCACCUUAGGUUUUUGUUGCUGUUGUUAAGGAUUAACUUUUUGUUUUCAGACUUCACAAGCACCCCUGUAUUUUCAAACACCUGUUUCUCCAAAAAAUUAAGCACAGCGGAGGGCUCUGGCAGCCCAGGAUGUGCAGAUUUUAAGACAAUCACCCACAGCUGAAAGAAAAUGUUGCACUGCACUGAUGUCUUAAAGAAGAAAUCAUGGAUAUCCAUUGCCUGCUGAUCUGUGUCGUAUGCUGUCAGCCAUUAAUUACAUGCAAAAGACUCUCAGGCCUUAUAUAUUGUAUGGGCAGUGCUAGAUUCACAUGAGGAAAGAUUUGUGGAACAUCUUAUUCAUAAAUGUUUUUAAAUGUCCAGUUCAUUUUUAUAAUCUGAUUGAAGAAUCCAGAAAGGAAUUGCUGAGCCGCAUGCAUGUGCUGUUUAAUUGUGGAUUAUAAAUGUUCUUUUUUUUUCCUUCAAAAAAAAUUUGUUCGUACUUUCUCUGCUGGUUUGUAAGUAGGCCCCUCAAAAUUGUAUCUCCAAUACAAAGCAUCCGCUUGGAAAAAUGCUUAUCCUCAUUUCACUUGUAUCUUACAGAUACUUGUAGAUUACAGAGUGUGUUGAUUUGGGUAUUUAACUCUCAGAAUAAUGAGAUCUGUUAAGUGACAGAACAUAAGUCCACCAAAG